AUGGCCAAGCAAGUUGAAGGGAAGCUUUGUGUGGCCAGAGCCAACGGACAGCAGUUUGAUGUGAAGUUCGAUGGGAGUGACACAACCCUCACUCUGAAAGCACGACUUUAUGAUCAAAUGGUGGAAGGAGGGCAGUCUGAAGCGGUACAGUGUUCGGGAAUGAAGCUUCUCCACGGAUUGGACAUCUUGCACGAUGACUGGGUGUUGAAGGAUCAUGGCAUAGAAGAUGGAGCUCACUUGACUCUGGUGAUUUCUUCUUUCCCAUCAGGAACCUACAACUUUGUUUCCCGCAGAGACAAUGCCCCUGCUGGGUCGAACACAACAGCGAGAGUUCAGGUCUCCUUUCAUCAAGAUGGUGCGUUCAGUCUCAGCAUCCACGAGUCUGAGAUCACCUCCCUUGUCCGGUUCACUGAUAGUGACCCCUAUCAAAUGGGAGAGAGAUAUGCUCACGAGUACUCUGGCAAAGCAACUGCGGGCGAAGAGAAACAAAUUGUACUCAAAGUGUUAGAUUAUCAGCGCAAAGGCAUCCGAUUUCAGUCUGAUCCUCACGCUGACUUGAUAGGCGAAAUGCAAGAGUCCAUGGAUGAAAUCCGGCUACAGCUUCCGUUUGAAGCUGGUGCGUGCAACGAGGGUAAAGCUGGCUUGAAGUGGAUAAGUCUAUUGAAGUCUUUCAAGGAUUGGCCUGACUGCAAGUUCUUCUGUUCCUGUCUGGAGGUGAAGACGAGUGACGACGCUGAUUUGCCAGGUGCUCCACAUCCGGAUCCCUUCGCUCCCCCUGAAGAGCCUGACCCUGCAGCGCCUGGGGGGCGCGACACCUUCCUGGCCGCGCUGCACCGCCGCCGCUUUGAGGCGGUGGGAAAGGCGCAUCCUGGAAGUGCACCGAGCGCAAAAUUGGCGGACAUUUUUCGAAUCUCUGAAUUGGCGACCAUGACAGCGUCCUUCCUUUGCUUGGCAGACGCAAGUCGGCUCAGAGAGCUGUCCAGGGGCACCAGAGCAGUUGGUAAAAAUGCAGUUUUCAGAAGCCAUCCUGAUGCUCGUGCACUAUUUGUGUCGGGGUGCCAGCAUCAAGACCUGCAUCUCGAAACGAUUUCGCACUUCGAUCCGACGCGACAUUGCUGGAGAAGUGUACUCGAUGUAUCAGCUUCUCUAUCGCUUGGAUCUCGAACCUUUUGUGUGCCAACCCUUUUGGGAGUGGAUGGCUUCUUAUACGUUUGUGGUGCCCAGCAGAACAACGACACGAUGUGCAUACAUCGCUUUGAUGCACUGAAGUCCAGGUGGACCACCCUGCCACCGCUUCCCACUUCGCGAAGCUUCUGCAACAACUGGCCUGCCAUCUCAUGCUUGGAGGGCCGAAUCUAUGUCUGCGGGGGUAGUAGCAAUGACGAGGACUAUCUCAGUGCCGUCGAUUGCUUCGAUCCGCUGAGUUUUGGGUGGGAAGCGCUGGCUCCUAUGGGAACGCCUCGCGCUUGUGCAGCAGCAGCAGUCCUCCAGGGAAAACUCUAUGUCUGUGGCGGGGAGACAGGAACGUCAAGCCUAGAUGACUUCAUGGCCCUUGACACAGCCGAACGGCUUAAGCCAGGGGGCUCCUGGGAGACGCUGCCUCCCAUGUCAGAGCCACGUGGUGGAGACGCAAAUGGCGAGCCCAACAUCGUGGCAUGUGUCCUGGAAGGAUGCCUCUACGUCAGAGGUGGGCACGAGGUGGAUAGCAUGGAGCGCUUCGAUCCUUUGACCCAUCGAUGGGAAAGUCUCCCACCCAUGCAGACCCCUCGAUACUACGCUGCCAUGGUCGCCUUCAAUCAUAGGAUUUAUGUCUGUGGUGGCAAGGACGACAAUGAUUCUGAGGAACUAAGCUCUGUGGAGGGCUUCGAUCCAGAGACUGGCUGUUGGGAAGUCCUGCCAUCCAUGAACAGCAAACGAGCCAAUGCUGGUAUUGUGGCCUCAGGAGGUUAUGUCUACAUUUGCGGAGGCAGAAUCUAUUCUGACAGUGGUCCAUCAACCUGCCUGCGUUCAGUGGAACGCUACUGCUUAGCGAGGCGCUGCUGGGAGCUUUUACCUCCGAUACCAGAGACCUGCGAGCCACAUUCACUUCUAUUGGUCUAG